AACUUUAUAUCCAAUUUUGUCCUAGAAACGUACCAAUUUUAGAUCAUGGAACAAUAUUCUUGCUACAAUUACUAAUAGAUUAAGACCUCAAUUUGGGCCAGUCAAAACAUUAGUUGAUGUUGAAAACAGAAGGGUUGUUGACUGCUUUGAAGAUUUAGAACAUGAUGGAAAAUAUGUCGCUGUUGGUAACGACUAUUCCCAACAGUGUAACUACGGUUAUAAAACUCUCCAAGAAAGGACCGUAAUGAGUAAUAAUCCACUAGAACAACUUGUAGCUCAAAAUUAUUGUGCUUUACCCAGGCACUACCAGCAACCUUCGUACGUUUCCGGUAUAUGUCAAUUGGGGCAACCACCAUGUAUUUCUCGAAUGGGACAAAGCAUGCCUAUGAGCGGCAGUGAUACAAAAAUCAUGAUAUUCGUGUUGGCCAAUGGACAAACACGACAAAUGCCUUGCAAAGUUGUUUUCAGCGAGUCCGAUUAUACAUCUUGGAAGUUAAUCUUGAACCUUAUCGCUAAGAAUUUGGAUAUUUGUUGCGGUAUAGGAUAUUUAUUUAGCACUGAUGGAAAACCAAUCAUCAAUCCAAAGUUACUUCAGAGUGGCAAUAUUUACGUAGCUGUACCAGUAAACGAUAAUUUUAUAUGUUUGGAUUAUGUCAGAAUUUUUAGAAGUCUUUUACCCAUGAGAGAAGUUAACCUUGGUGGAAUGGACAUGUUCCAAGACUUGCCAUACCAAAUCAAUCAUCCUAUAGUAUUUCGUAUUAACCGGCACGAUGUAAUGGGGGGCAGAUCUAAAUCAGAUCCACUAUCUACAAUGAAUCACUAUAUUCAUGAAAUAUGUGAUAAAAGAAGAUUUGAUCAUUUUCCAGAAGGUCUGAGAAUAUUAUUUAUUUGA